AUGUCGCUGCGGCCGAGCGAACAGGCGGAGUUACGCCGGAGCAGCUUCAAGGCGUCGGUGAGUGCGGCCGACGGGCUGCGGCGGCGCGUAAGCGCCAUGGACAGCAUCCGCAAGGAGAGCCGCGGGAGCGCCCUCCGGAGGAAGCGCUGCUCCGAGGCGGCGCCGCAUGCGCAAUCGCAACCGCCGGCCCUUGAGAAGAUGUUGGUGAACCUGACGCAGUGGGCCGCGGGGUUAUACUCGGAUGACAGCAGCAUGCAAUUUGAGGCGGCCAGGGAGUUCAGGAAGUUGCUGUCAGUCGAGCGGGAUCCCCCAAUUAAGGAGGUUGUUGAAUGUGGAGUUCUGCCUCGCUUCGUACAGUUGCUUUCCAGGGAGGACUACCCUCAGCUCCAGUUUGAGGCAGCAUGGGCUCUCACAAACAUUGCGUCUGGAUCAUCAGAGGACACCAUGCUGGUUGUUAAUAUUGGUGCCGUCCCCAUCUUUGUGAAGCUUCUCACCUCCCCAAAUGAGGAUGUCCGUGAACAGGCUGUGUGGGCCCUGGGCAAUGUGGCUGGUGAUUCUGCAAAGUGCCAUGACAUUGUGCAUGCACAUGGUGUGUUGUUUCCACUACUUCAGCUGUUUAAUGGGAACCCUAGACUCUCAUUGUUGAGAACUGCUACCUGGUCUCUCAGCAACUUUUGCCGUGGAGAACCCAACUUUGAACAUGUGAAGCUGGCACUCCUAGUUUUGCGACAACUCAUUCACUCUGAAGAUGAGGCGGUCCUUAGUGAUGCCUGCUGGGCAAUGUUUUACUUGUCUCGUGGUACUGAAGACAACGCCAGGAUCGAAGCUGUCAUUGAAACUGGAGCAUGCCCUCGACUUGUUGAGCUCCUUAGCCAUCCUUCACCUUCGGUGCUCGUUCCUUCUCUGCUUGUGAUUGGUAGCAUUGCUGCAGGGGAUGAAGUGCAUACUCAGCGUAUAGUUGAUCAUCGAGCACUUCCAUAUCUUUUAAAUCUUUUGAUGACAAAUCAAAUCAAAAGCGUCAAAAAACAAGCUUGCUGGACAAUCUCCAACAUCACAGCUGGAAACAAGGAGCAGAUUCAGGCUGUGAUUGAUGCGAACAUAAUUGCUCCUUUGGUCCAUUUGGUGCGUACUGCGGAGUUUGCUGUCAGCAAUGAGGCUGCUUGGGCAAUUAGUAAUGCCUCAUGUGGUGGAACACAUGAUCAGAUAAAGUACCUUGUAAGCCAGGGUUGCAUUAACGCCUUUUGUGAUAUCCUUGGUCAUUCUGAUACUAGAGUAUUGAUAGUCUGUUUGGAGGGCCUUGGGAAUAUCUUGAAGGUUGGAGAGCAAGAGAAGGACUCAGGGGCUUGCGAUGUCAACAUGUAUGCACAGAUGAUUGAAGAUGCUGAUGGUUUGGACAAGAUUGAGGACCUCCUGAACAAUGACAAUGACAUGGUAUAUCAGAUGGCGGCUCACUUGCUCGAGACGUUCUGGGUUGUGGAAGAUGAUGUCAUGACCUCAGAAGGGAAUGCACCCCAGACCGGCAUCCACAAUAGUAACCAGCAGGUCUCUGUUCCACCAGGGGUUUUCAAAUUUGGCUGA